AUGUUGUCGGUGGCGCGAAUAGCCUCGAGCCGCACACUGGCCUCAAGGCUGGUCGUCGCCAGCACCAGCUCGUUCCCCGGGUGCAAUUUGCCGCUACAAAGACGAAAUCUCUCUUCCAAGGAUGUCUUCAGCUCUCAGGCUCCUACCGGCUUCUCGAUUCCGGAUGUCCCAUUGCCCAGGCCGCCCACGAAAUCUGUCGAAGAGCUCUUUGAGUCAGGCGAGUCGCAAAUGUUGGAGGAACUGGGCUUGUGGUCAUGGUGGAAGCCAUCUUCCUACUUCCGUUGGGCCCUCGAAUCAAUUCACGUGCAUCUCGAUGUUCCAUGGUGGACAACAAUUAUUUGCGCAACUGUUGUAUUGCGAUUGGCCCUGAUCGGAGUUCCGAUUAUGUCUCAAAAGCUCGUCGCUAAGCAGUCUGCACAUCGGAAAGAGCUCGACGCUUUCCGACUGCGAAUAGAGGAUGCUCGCAAGGAGGGGAAUAUGCUGGAGGCCCAACAAGUGCUGCUCGAGCAACGUGAUUUCCUGAAGUCGAAAGAUAUCAAACUUGGGCGCCAAUUUGUGGUGAUGGUGGCCAACGGCAGCGUGUUUCUGACCCAAUUCUUUGCGUUGAAGAAGAUGAUCGAAGUUAAAUACCCGGGUCUUUCCACCGGCGGUACUGCGUGGUUUCCAGACUUGACCGUCUCUGAUCCCUACUUUGCAUUGCCGAUUAUUUCCGCGGCCACGUUGGCGCUUGUCACUAGGGUGGGUAUCGAGACGGGCCAAACCGCCGAUCAAAUGGGGCCCGCGAUGCGCAUUGGCAUGCAAUAUGUGAUGCCGGGUGCUGUGCUCAUCUUCUCUUCUCAAUUCGCAUCGGGUCUUUGUGUAUAUUGGUGCGCUUCGAACUUUGUCUCGCUGGCCUUCGCCGGUGCCUUCAGAACGAAGGCUAUUCGGAAAUUGUUCAAUAGUCCGUUUCAGAUCCCUGAUCUCAUCAAGCCCACUGACGUCAAGAAGCACAGCAUCAGCGACUCGUGGCGCAAUUAUAAAGCAAAGCAAAAUGCGCCCCCGACACUGAACACACUACGGCUUGAGGAUGCCAAGCGUUUCAAGAAAGCCGGCCAGGGCAAACCUCAAGUC